UUUUCCUGAUUUUAAUGUCCAUCUGCGUACACUUUAUACCGGUACAUUUACUGCCAUUCCGCUUUUGAACGUUGCAACUUACUACCUGCAGAAGCCACGCCUUUUGCCACUGGCUAGCAUCAUGCCACGCCAGCAUUCUCGGUCGCGAUUAAAUUUGCUAAACAGCUUGGGCGCAGAAGGCCCGGCCGCUUUUGACAAUUCUCACCAUAAUGCCGAUGACCUCAUGACAACCGAGUAUUGGGACCGGCUUACCAACAUGCUUGAGCCCCUUAUGUCCUACUCUGACCUACUAGAAAAGCCACACGAACUUGAGAUUAUCUGGAGUCGCUCAGAAUCUCAGCUCUCCUUCCUCAAAGCGCACGCCACGGCGCUGCGCAUGCUUAUCAGCAACCGCUUUAACGCAGAGACUGGAUCUGGCAUUGAGGGAGGCGAAGGCAGCGUCGCACACGGCCAAGGCGAAAGCCGGGCGCUGGGUGACGCAUGCAGCCGUGCAGGCAUUGCGGUGACGAGAAUCUUGAGUCACCUCUUCUACACCGCUUGCAAGGAUGUCGAAAGUUGCAAGAAAAUAAGCUGGGAUGGUGUUUGCUUCAUGGACAUCGUCGCGGCUGUGGCACGCUCUUGCGUUCGGUCUGAUACACUGCAAUGCCUUAGCCAGCUUGUUGCCCGGGACUUGUUCAAGGACCCCAAUGAGCGGUUCUCCUGGUACGUCGCUGUCAUCAAUCUGCUGGAGGGCUUGCUGGCCUUUUGCAACGUGGGAGCCGACAAGGACUCGGACGAUGAUGAGACCAGCGGAAACAACAACAGAAGCAGCAGCCACUUGACCAGUGACGACCACGACACGACGCUGCUGUACGAGAUUCUGGAAAGCAUGAACAAGAGCUAUCUGCUGGAACAUCUGGCGAAGGGCUUUCUGCUGCACCGCAGGGAGGUGCCAUCCCCUGCGGCUACCAGUUCAACUUCGAGCUCCAGUUCCAGCUCCAGCAACACUUCCGUGCAGCCGCCUGCCUUGACUGGCGUAGUAAACGAUGUGCUGGCCAGGUUGCUCGUAACAGCGGAACGCCAGCUUGAUGUAUCUACCACUGCGGGCAGGGGCGAAGACCCGGAUGCCUGGACCGCAUACUGCCCCUUUGGCGCGUGCAUGCAGUACCUUAUGGCAGCCCACAUGGCAGCGCAGCUGCGUAGCGCCGAGACCAUUGACGGUUGCCACCUGGACGACGGUCGUGACGUUAGAAACGGCGGUGCAGGUGGCAGCAGCAGCGACGCCGGAUCCACCAUGUACGGCCUCUCUACCGAUGCGCUGCCGCCAGUCCUGGAGGAGUGCUGUGGCGGCUGCACCCGCCCGGAUUGCAAGGCAUCUACACUGGGCACCUGCUCAGUCCGCGGUGUGCUGCGGUACUGGGUGCGCGCAUUAGAAGCGGAUGAGCAGACGCAACGGCGGCAGGUGAUCAGUCCGCGGGCCAAAUUCGCAAUGAGCAUGCGAUUGGCAAAGGUUGCGCUGCUUUGGUGGUUCAAGGCAACCGGCAAGUCGCCCAGGGUGCGGCACGCUGGGGCUGCGUCAGGAACAGGGCAGCAUGCUCAGUCAGCCGCCGCAGCGUCGGUGCCUCCGCCGCAGGAGCGGCGGCUUACCCAGAAGCAGAUGCGGCAGGCCAAGCAGCUGAAGCAGCAGGCGCAGCAGCAGCAGGCGGAGGGAGGGGCGCGUGCUAAGCAGCAACAGCAGCGGCAGCGUGGGCUUCUGGCUCCUCGGGCAGACCGCUUCCGGCCGUCGGACUGCCCCUCCCUGGCUAUGGACGCCGUGAUUACUGCAGCCCGAUGCUUGCAUGCCGGCAGACGGUAUCGAAGCAGCAGUAGCGCAGGCGAUGGGAGCGGGGGCAGCACAGCACAAGACGCUUCCAGAAGCCGUGAGGCAGGCGGAGAGGCCAGCAGCGCUAGUGGCAACGCCAACGGUAGCAGCAGCACAAGCGGUGGUGUGGAGGUUGCGGUGCUUCCGGAGGACUGGUGGCGGGACGCGCUUACCGUCUUUGACAUCUCGCUGGAGGAAGUUGGUAGCCUGCGGGACGUAUGCAACAUGGGUGGCCUCUACGAGCUGUCGAAGCAAGUUACCUUGUGCGGCACUCGCAACCACAGCCACCACCGGGGCCUCCUGCUGUCCAGCUCUGUCGCCGCCAACCUCCGUAACGCGCAUCCAUUAGGCCUACUGCCCUGCCUGGAGCGAGUCUUGCGCCGCGGCCUGCCGCACAUGCUCGGCCACGCAUCGGGCCUAUCGGGGCUGUUCUCCAUCCUCGCCAACGAGGUUUCCAUGCGUUCGCUGCUGCUAACAGCGGAGUUUGACCAGCUGGUGCCUUAUGUGGUGACCUCCAGCAAGGCUGUGUCACGGCUGGUUUCCAAGGAGGCUAUGAGCAACCACAACUUCGAGUGUGACGCAAUGGAUGCGAUUGCGCGUUUCAGCGUGCCGCAAGGGCUGCUGCAGGUGAUGAGGCUCUGCGGCAGGGCGCUGGCUAUGCGCAGCGCAGGCAUGGUUGAUGUGCAGGAGAAGCCUGCAGCCGAGGAGGGGGCUGCGGUCGGGGCGGCCUGCGGUUCCGUGCCGUCUGGAGUUGCCAACGAGGAGGGGCCUGACCCAGGUUGCUCUAGCAGCAGCAGCCAUGCUGCUGCGGUAGCCAGCAGCAGCAGCAGCACCAGUGCCGCCAGUGCUAGCGCUACAGAGCAGCAGUUGUCCUUUGGGUUUGUGUUUACCGCCGGAGGCGCUACUCCCCCAGCCGACGCAAACGUCGACGACGACGGCGGCGAUGCUGACGUGAGCGGCAACGACGAUGGUGGUUCCAGCGACCUGCCUGGUGUAUCGGAGGUACCGGUGGAGGCCGCUGAGCGGGUUCUGCUGCUUGGAUCCGUCAUGGCAGCGCGGCGGCUGCCAGCUAUGGCAGCCGUGCUUCCGCACAUUUCAUCGUACGGCAUCAACCUGUUGGCGUUGAACAGCAAAGCCCAGGAAGAGGUGGCUUCGCUGAUGCUGCGCUGGGUGCCGCUGCUUACGACUGCGUACCUGCUGGCAUUGGAGCGUGGCCAGGUAGCCGCAGCAGCCGCCUGGAAGCAGCUCCUGCUCUCCGACAUUGACGUCUUCAGCGUGAUGGAUGUGGCUUUGGCAGCAGCGCAUGAUGUCACGACCUCGCAGCUGGGGCGAAUCUACACGGAUUCCGGAAGCCGCAGCCUCCUGCUCAACUUUGCGCCCGCGGUUCAGGCCAUGAUACUCGCCUUCCCUGAUGAGAUGGCUGAUGCCAUGGCGCCUCAGUUCACGCAGGUCAUGUCAGAGGCAUUGGGCAAGGGCGCCAGCGGAGGCGGAGCACGCAAGGGGCGUCUGCCGUUUCUCUCCCUGGUGUAUGUACUGCGGAUGCAUGUGAUGCUGGAGUGGGAGGGCAGCAGCCAUGUGAUGGAUGCGGAGCAGCGCCAUACGAUCACGUGCAUGUCUGGGGAAUAUGGCGAUGCGGUGCGGGUGCAAGCGAAUGAGAAGGUGCGUUCGCGAUUGUUGAAGAAGCAUGGGUGCGUGGCGGAGCGGCUGACGCCUCCGCAUCUCGUGUCUGGGCGCGCGCGGGUGUGCGGCAACCCGCGCUGCACCAACCUGGCGGGUGACGGCGAGGCGGAGCUGCCGCUGCAGCCGUGCGGGAAGUGCGGCCGGGUGUUGUACUGCAGCCGCGACUGUCAGAUGGCGCACGCGCGGGGUGGGCACAAGGAGUUGUGCGCCUUGGUGCGUGCUGCUGCGGCAGCCAGGCGCUAGACUAGGAUCGUAGCGUGAAGGUUGUAUGCAGCGUAAUGGGUUGGGUGCGGAUGUGGCGACAGGUGUUAGGGCUUAGGUGUCGUAGGACUGGGAGGGUUUCCGAGUGCCGGGAUGUUGCAGGUUAACGCUUGGAUAGUAAAUUAGCAAUGUUGCAGGCGGCUGCGUGUGAAUGUGUUGCUGUGGGAGAGUCUUAGUUGUCCUGCAGUGUUUGGGUAUGAAAGUUACUAGGUCAUUAACUAGUACAUGAGCGGCCAAGGAAUGGCGUUGCUGAGGUGGACGUUGCCCAAGGUUGAGAGCUGCAAUGGGAGCCGUUCAAACGCAAGGGCCGUCGAAGACGCGACCCAGAUCGUAAACGUGCAGGGAUAGUAUGUUCAACCGUUAUAAGGAGUCACAUAUUCGAAGACGGUUCUAUUCGAAGACGGACACGCUGUUGAGUGUGUAGAGUCAGGACUGCGCUCGGAAAUGCUGCAGUCCGGAAGACACUUCGGCACGGAAGUGCAAUGCGAGGUCUUGGGCGUCAUUUACCUUCAGAUGAGGUGCGCCGACGGGGAGGCUGAGGACGGGGCUACUGUUCGGAUUCUGUUUGUUGGCCUUCUGUUGUACUUCCGAUCCCGCAAGGAGUCCAGGUAAGCAUAUGCAACCUAACCGGGUUGGGCAGGCUGGGCAGCGAGCUGUGGUAAAUUGUGGGCCUGCAGGGAUGUGCGACGAGAUGGUGGUCAGUCUUGGGACCGAUAUGCGUGCGUUCUGCCGAAAGCCUGCAGCUGGCCUGCAUCGAUGGCAGUAGGCUCUCCCUAUUGGAGUAGCAGAAUCCCAAGCGGAUAAUUGUAAGCGUUCAGGUC